AGUCUACCAGUCCAUACUCCUAGUUAUGACACACCACCAACAAGUAUAAAACACCUGAUGUACACACAUAUAUACACUUGUAUAAAUCAUGAAGAUCUUAGGAUACAGAAACCUCCAAGCCAUCAUUCAUACGUGCCUUAGGAGUAAUAUCUUAUAUGUCCAGAGCUUAAAGGUACCCAGUAGAUUUAUUUCAAGGGCAUGUUUCCCAAGAUCAAGUCUUAAUCCUCGUACUAGUAGAAGUAUAUUACAGAGAGCCGAGAGUGGACCUCACAAGGACCAAGCAUUCGUGCGGUCUUCUAAAAGAGGCCCCAUUUCCUGGACAUCAUUUGUGUUGUUUGCACUUGCUGGUGGUGGAGUAGUUUAUUAUGUAAAAUACUUGAAAGAAGAAAAGGAAAAAGAGAAAGAAAAAGAGAAGCAGAAGUCUAUAGGUAAAGUAGCCCUUGGUGGUCCAUUUGACCUGAUAGAUAACACAGGUAAACCAGUUACUGACAAGGAUUUUAGAGGCAAAUGGCUGUUGAUAUAUUUUGGCUUCACACACUGCCCUGAUAUCUGCCCAGAUGAACUGGAGAAGAUGGCACAAGCAAUUGAUGCAUCUGACAAGGCAACCAAAGGCAAAGUGAAAGAAGAGCUACAGCCAUUAUUUAUUACAGUAGAUCCAAGAAGGGAUGAUCCUAAGGCAAUUACAGAGUACUUGAAAGAAUUCCACCCCAAACUGAUUGGUCUAACAGGACCAGUAGAAAAAGUAAAAGAAGUAUGCAAGUCAUACAGGGUUUACUUCAGCGCUGGACCAGCAGAUGAUGACGAUGAUUACAUUGUUGACCAUACCAUUAUUCAGUACCUAGUGAAUCCUGAUGGAGAGUUCAUGGAAUACUUUGGGCAGAACAAAGAUGCUUCACAGAUAGCUGCUUCAAUAAUCAAUCACAUGCUUAAAUACAGUCUCUCCAAAUAAUUUAAGUCAUUAAAAAUUCUAUGCGAAAUACUUAAGAAAUGUUUCAGAGAAUUAAAAAAAGCACUGUAAAAGGAAAAUCCGUAUAACAUACAAGGCAACGAGUUGUUCUUAAGCCCCGUUUACACUAGCGAUUUUUGCGGCGACUUUUGAUGCGAUUUUUUUGCGAUUUUGUCCAUAAUAAAUAAUGGUAAAGAAUUUACUUGUAAAGUUUUUUUCAGGAUACCAAGAUUUUCCUAGACGAAUGUCUCUUUUGAAGGAUGAGACAAAAGAUUUCAUAUUUCCGAAAAUUGCCACACAAAUCGCAGCAAAAAUCGCCGCAAACAUCGCCAGUGUAAACGGGGCUUUAGAAUCUGUGUUGUGUCGAAACGCGUUUUUGAUUGUUAGAAUUUUUCAAGCCAUCUAUUAAAAAGAGUUUUUUUUUUCUUAAGAAAAAAACUGUUAAAAUUAUUUUUUAACUUGAAAAGCAAAGGUUAUGUAUG